AGAACCGAAGCGACAAUAAAAAAAGCUAUCUUGGGAUUACCUCGGCAUUGUUUAUCGGCCAUCGAGACAAGAAAACGGCAUGUCCUUUCAACGGAGCUACAGCAAGGUCUGGUGGGGAUCGGAGCAGUCCUCCCUCACCAGCGGAGGCCUCUACUCGAGCUUCAGCAGCAGUGGCUUCGCCUACAACCAACAACGCCAGCCUUCCUCCCUCGGCCCGCUCGGCAAUCUGUCGUGCAUCCAGGAGGUCGAGGAUGAGCAGAACAGUUCCAAGCUGUCCUGGCACAAGCACGACAGUCCUGGCAGUCUCAGAAGCCAGGACUCUGGCUUCUCCGACAAUGAGGAAUCACAUCAGCUGCAGCAUCAGCAGCCAUCGCCCCAGUCACCGCAGUCGCUCAAGCAGCAAACCCCAACUGCCACGCCCACUUCCGUCAAAUCAGUGGCCACCCCGCCCACUGUGGUGCGUCGGGUGGGCAACUCCUCCUUCUACUCUCCGCUGAUUAGCGUCUCCCGUCGCAUUUCCUUCACCAGCGGUCAGCUGACUCCGAAAUCAAAGUCCGUGGAGGAGGAUGCGGAGGACGCCGAGGUGGUGGCCAGCCGCAGUCGCCUGUUUGAGCAGUUGGACAGCAUGAAGCUGGACGAUGAGGCACCGGAGGAGAGGAGCCAGUUGGACGCCACCCCACCGAAGCCGGCUUUGAGGCGUCGCCGACGCCUGAUGCGGAAAUCCAAGCCGGACCCGGAGGAGGCUUCCGCCAGCGAGGAGGAGGGGGUGAUAGCCCCACCGCCAGCCUACAACAACGAAACGGUGUACCUGGGAGAGGCGCCACCGCCGUACAAUAACGAGACCGUGACCUUCGGAGCCGCAGAUCAGGAUGAAACCCUCCAGAUGGCCCCCUCGCCACUGAGGCUCAGCUCCUUAAGAUUUACGGCGAGUACCAGCACACCCAAGAACCGGUCGAGGGUCGCUAAGAAGCCAAAGAAACACCCGGAACCAGUGGCCAGCUGGAUGAUGGAGCAGCGAUGGGCUGGCGAGCCGGAAGUGAUGUGCACCCUGCAGCACAAGUCCAUUGCCCAGGAGGCGUACAAAAACUACACCAUAACCACCAGUGCGGUCUGCAAGUUGGUCAGGCAACUGCAGCAGCAGGCGCUCGCCCUGCAGGCCCACUUCGAGCGCAGUGAGCGGAUCCUGAGCGGAAUGCAGGCCAGUUCGCUCCCGGAAGCCCUGUCUGGAGCCACCCAGUUACUGUCCCACUUGGACGACUUCACCUGCACGCUGGAACGGCGGGGAAUAUUCUUCAACGAUGCCCGAAUCGAGCGUCGGCGCUACGAGCAGCACUUGGAGCAGAUCAGGACCGUGAGCAAGGACACCAGGUACUCCCUGGAGCGCCAGCACUACAUCAAUCUGGAGUCUCUUCUGGAUGAUGUCCAGCUGCUGAAGAGGCACACCCUGAUCACCCUGCGCCUGAUUUUCGAGCGCUUGGUGCGGGUCCUGGUGGUCAGCAUCGAGCAGAGCCGCUGCGAUCUCCUGCUGCGCGCCAACAUCAACAUGGUGGCCACCUUGAUGAACAUAGAGUACGAUGGCUUCGCCUCCCUGUCGGAUGCCUUCAUUCAGAACGAGGCAGUCCGCACUCUUCUGGUGGUGGUUUUGGACCACAAGCAGAGCUCCGUGCGGGCUCUGGCUCUUCGGGCCCUGGCUACGUUGUGUGGAGCUCCGCAGGCGAUCAACCAGCUGGGAAGCUGUGGGGGCAUCGAGAUUGUGAGGGACAUCCUGCAGGUGGAGUCUGCCGAAGAGAGGGGUGCCAUCGAGCGAAGGGAGGCUGUCUCGCUGCUAGCCCAGAUCACGGCCGCUUGGCACGGACCCGAUCACCGGGUGCCUGGCCUGAAGGACUGCGCCGAGAGCCUGGUCACUGGACUAACUGCUCUGCUGCAGCCGGAAUGCUGUGCCCAGACGCUACUCCUCUGCGCCGCCGCCCUAAACAACCUGAGCCGGAUGGAGGUCACCUCGCACUACUCCAUCAUGUCCAACGAGGCCAUCUUCCGGCUGAUAGACACCCUGGAGCACCAGGACUGCGGCAACAGCGUAUUUCUCUAUGAGCAAAUCGUUGGGAUGCUGCACAACAUGUCGCUGAACAAGAAGUGCCACAGCCACUUGGCCAACGGCAUCAUCAUAAAUUUCAUCACGUCCGUGUACCAAACGGAAUUUUACAAGACCUACGGAUCACGUGCGGAGAGCGAUGCCCAGCGCCGCAGCAUCAAGACCAUCCUGCACACGCUGACGCGCCUGGCCAGCGAUUCCCCGACCCUCGGAGCGGAGCUCCUGGAGCAGUGGCAUCUGCCGGACCUGCUGCGUCAAUCUCUGGCCCUCAAGCCGACCGCCUCAGGUCAGUCGCUGGACCACUCCGGCUACAGCGGGGAUAUUUCGCAGCUGGCGCGACAACUCCUGGGUGCCCAUCAGCAGGAGCAGCUGCUGCUGACCACUGUAGGACCGGCGGCCAGUGGCGCCUUCUCCAGCGGACACCAGACGCCCGAGGCCCAGACCAACUCCAAAACGAAGGCCAAGACGUCCUCCGCAGCGUUGCUCAAAUUCAAUUUAACACGUCAGGAGAGUUUCGUCUAGUUUGCACCACCUGAGAGGGUGGGUGGGCGAGUGGCGGGAAGAGGAUGUGGUGGAGCCUAGAACUGAGCACGUCCUUUGGCCGGACACAAGCCGGAAGCUCAGACGUGCGUCAAGUGUUAUUACUUUGUCUAGGAGGAUGCGUGACCCGUUUGGAAGCGCUUUCGCUCUCGCACUCGAUGCCGGCCCCGUUUUAUCCUUGUCUGGUGGAUGUAAACGAAGUAAUUUUUAUAUUUCCACCCAGGCAAACAAGACAGGACCAAGGACCAGGGACCAAGGAGUCCAAGGCCAAACGGAAUAAAUAGAAAUACAAUUUUUGCUUAGUUAUUUUUUCAAUUCCCUUCCCUAUAUAUUUUUUUUGUUUUUGUUUUCUGAUUGUUUGUGUUGCCGAGGCAACUUUGGUAUUCUUGUAUGCUUAUGACAAAAAUGCUCUUAAAGUCCUUUCCAUCUCGGUAUUCGGAUUCAGAUUCGUUUUAUAUUUUUAUUCAAUGCAAAUGCAACUUUGACAUUGUGCAUUCUCAUUGUAAAUAUUUUCCCAUUCCUGACCCCCAAUCCCAAUGCAACGAAACCCAUACGGCUGGCAACUUAAAACCAAAAACUUUUGAAAAUUCCUUAGAUGUCGUAGGAGAAGUUAUUUGUGCCAAAUAAAAUGAGAAAGGAUAUGCAAACAAUUUGUUUGUUCUGUACUUAAAGCAAUUGUAUUGCUAAUGUUUGUAAUGUAUUAUAUCUAUCAUAUAUGUCUAUAUCUACGCUUACCACUACUGUGUGUAGUUACCAUUAAGUUCAUUCUAAGAUUAUUAAUUCAAAUUAUGCUUUGAUCGAAAUUAAGUCCUUAAAAUAAAUCAUUGAUGUGUGGAAGAAAAAAA